CCCACAGGAGUUACCAUCCCAGGGCCAGCAUAUGGGUGAGGGGGCACCCCUUAGGGCCUGAGCUGCCCUGCACAGGAUGCCCCGUGCCCUCUACUUCAUGCCCUUGCAGCUACUGCUGCUGCUUCUUUCACUGCCCCAUACCCAGGCUGCCUUUCCCCAGGACCCCCUCCCUCUGCUGAUUUCUGACCUGCAAGGUACCUCUCCACUAUCGUGGUUCCGGGGGCUGGAGGAUGAUGCUGUGGCUGCACAACUUGGGCUGGAUUUUCAGAGAUUUCUGACCUUGAACCGGACCUUGCUGGUGGCUGCCCGGGACCACGUUUUCUCCUUCGAUCUUCAAGCCCAAGAAGAAGGGAAGGGGCUGGUGCCCAACAAGUAUCUGACAUGGAGAAGUCAGGACAUGGAGAACUGUGCAGUUCGGGGGAAGCUGACGGACGAGUGCUACAACUACAUCCGUGUUCUCAUUCCCUGGGACUCCCAGACGCUCCUUGCCUGUGGAACAAACUCAUUCAGUCCUGUGUGCCGCAGCUAUGGGAUAACUUCGCUGCAGCAGGAGGGUGAGGAGCUGAGUGGGCAGGCUCGAUGCCCCUUUGAUGCCACCCAAUCCAAUGUGGCUGUGUUUGCAGAGGGCAGUUUAUACUCAGCCACAGCUGCAGAUUUCCAGGCCAGUGACGCAGUAGUUUACAGAAGCCUUGGGCCUCAACCCCCACUUCGCUCCGCCAAGUACGACUCCAAGUGGCUCCGAGAGCCAUAUUUCGUCCAUGCUUUGGAACAUGGAGACCAUGUCUACUUCUUCUUCCGAGAGGUCUCUGUGGAGGAUGCCCGGCUAGGGAGGGUGCAGUUCUCCCGUGUAGCCCGUGUGUGUAAGCGUGAUAUGGGUGGUUCACCUCGGGCUUUGGACCGCCAUUGGACAUCCUUCCUGAAGCUGCGACUCAAUUGCUCUGUCCCUGGGGACUCUACCUUCUAUUUUGAUGUCCUCCAGGCCUUGACUGGGCCUGUGAACCUGCAUGGCCACCCUGCUCUCUUUGGGGUCUUCACUACCCAGACCAAUAGCAUCCCUGGCUCUGCGGUCUGUGCCUUCUACCUGGAUGACAUUGAGCGUGGGUUUGAUGGCAAGUUCAAGGAGCAGAGAAGUCUGGAUGGGGCCUGGACCCCUGUGUCUGAGGAUAGGGUACCCUCACCCAGGCCAGGGUCCUGUGCAGGAAUAGGUGGAGCUGCCUCAUUCUCUUCUUCUCGAGACCUCCCUGAUGAUGUCCUGACCUUCAUCAAGGCUCACCCACUGCUUGACCCUGCUGUGUCACCUGCCACACAUCAGCCACUACUCACCCUUACCAACAGGGCCCUACUGACCCAGGUAGCUGUGGAUGACAUGGCAGGCCCCCACAGUAACACCACAGUCCUAUUCCUUGGCUCCAAUGAUGGGACAGUGCUGAAAGUGCUGCCCCCAGGGGGGCCAUCUGGGGGAACCGAGCCCAUCCUAUUGGAAGAGAUUGAUGCUUACAGUCCCUCUCGGUGCAGUGGGAAGCAGUCAGCCCAAACAGCACGGCGGGUCCUGGGGCUCGAGCUAGACACUGAUGGUCACAGGCUCUUUGUGGCUUUUUCUGGCUGCAUUAUCUACCUCCCUCUCAGCCGCUGCACCAGGCAUGGGGCCUGUCGAAGGAGCUGUCUGGCUUCCCAGGACCCAUACUGUGGAUGGCAUAGCUCCCUAGGCUGUGUGGCUAUCAGGGGACCUGGAGUUAGGACUGAUAUAGAUCCGGUUGGGGACCAGGAAACCAUGGAGGAUGGCGACUGCCAAGAUGGAGCUACUGGGAGUCAUUCUGGCCCAGGGGAUUCUGCCUAUGUGCUUCUGGGUCCUGGCCCUUCCCCUGAGAUCCCCAGCCCCCUCAAUGAUGCCCACCCCUGGCCCCAGUCUUCCACUCUUGGAGCUCACACUCAGGGCGUACGCCGGGACCUCCCCCCAGCCUCAGCCUCCCGUUCCGUCCCCAUCCCACUCCUUCUGGCCAGUGUGGCCGCCGCCUUCGCCCUGGGUGCUUCUGUCUCGGCCCUCCUGGUCUCCUGCGCCUGUCGCCGCGCCCACCGACAUCGGAGCAAGGACAUCGAGACCCCGGGGCUUCCGCGCCCUCUCUCCCUCCGCAGUUUGGCCAGGCUCCACGGUGGGGGCCCAGACCCUCCACCCCUGUCCAAGGACGGAGACAUGGCGCAGGCGCCGCAGCUCUACACCACCUUCCUGCCUCCCUCUGAGGGCGUACCCCCGCCGGAGCUGGCUUGCUUGCCCACCCCGGAAUCCACACCUGAGCUGCCAGUCAAGCACCUCCGUGCCGCUGGGGGGCCCUGGGAGUGGAACCAGAAUGGGAACAACGCCAAGGAGGGCCCGGGCCGCUCACGGGCCGGGAAUCCAGUAGGCGGCCCGGCGCCGCGCGUGCUGGUGAGGCCGCCGCCGCCCGGUUGCCCCGGGCAGGCCGUGGAAGUCACCACCCUGGAGGAAUUGUUGCGCUACCUACACGGCCCGCAGGCGUCCAGGAAGGGGACUGAGCCCUCCAGCCCUGCCCCGCCUUUUACAUCACGGCCGCUCCCGCCAGAACCCUCCCCCGUCCCUGCCCCCACCCCUGCCCUCUUUGCGGGUUCCAGCCCCCUCCCCCGGGAAUGCACCCCGCCUCUGAGACUGGACGUGCCCCCCGAAGGGAAGUGUGCAGCACCCACCGCUCGACCUGCGCUUUCAGCCCCCGCCCCCAGGCUCGGGGUCGGGGGCACCCGAAGGUUGCCCUUUACCCCUCACCGUGCACCGCCUGCCCUACUCACUCGAGUCCCCUCGGGAGGCCCUUCCAGAUACUCUGGGGGUCUCGGAAGGCACCUCCUCUACCUGGGCCGGCCCGAGGGGCACCGGGGCCGCGCCCUGAAGAGGGUGGACGUCGAGAAACCCCAUUUGCCCCCAAAGACUCCCCUCGUCAGCCCCUCCCAGCCGGCCAUAACUAACGGCAGCCAUUUUAACUUUUGA